GAGGUUAUCUGUCAAAAGUUUGUUUUAUUUUCACAAGAGAAAUAUUUUUCUUACAAGAUUUGCAAGAGAAAAAAUUGAUAAAGGAUCAUCUUUGGGAACUUAAAUUGCAGUGAAAUGGAUGCAGGAGAUGAUGGACAAGAUCAGGAGGAAUACCGACAGGACGAUAUGGAUUUAUCUGAGGUGUCUUCAGGAGAAGAUGGGGCGGAAGAAAAUGAUGCUCAUCCGGACAAUUGGGGCUUAGGGAUUGGCAGGAGAUUCAUAAAUAUCCUGCGAGAUCGUACGGGGGCAUGGGUUGUACGGGACUUUCGACCAUUGCCUGAAGAUUCGAGUCCCGGACCCGAUGACGAAUUUUCAGAAAAUCUUGCAAAUUCCCUUGCUGAGUCUCUGUCAAGGACCCCACCGGCGAAUGAAGUGGAUGAGACGGCAGGAAGUAGUCAAGCACAUAAUUUUGACACAGAACUCCCCACAAAUCAUUCGUAUCUGGGCAGGAUGGAAUCAGUAUCAGGUAUGGAAUACUAUGAGCCAGGGAAGAGGUACAAAAUUCACGUUUGCUACCAUCACUCAAUAAUUUUUCCCGGACAAAAGCUUCCAAUGAUCUUGUCGUCAAAUCAGGCUUUUCUCCUGAUUGCCCAAAGUGAUGAGCAUUCAGUGGGAUUGGUUUUCCCACCAAUUGGGGGUGUGCAGUACGGGGUGACGUGCCAAGUGUACGAGAAGAAUGUAAAAAGCCCUGCCUGGAGGACAGAUUUGCGGGCAAUUCUUCGUGCCCAUCAACGCUUCCGGGUGUGCACGAAGACUCAAGUACUCCCGCCAAUUUUUAUGCGAGACGUCCUGGAGGUUGAGGUGGAAAUUCUUCCGGAAUUGUCUCUUGGGCAUCCCCUCAGUGGACACUUCCGGGGGAGUUUGGAGAAGUUUCUCCCACACUCUGAGCGUGUUAGGUUGCUGUACUCCCACGCCCGGACAUGGCCACUAUUUGUCUAUGAGCAAUACGACAUUGGGAAGGUCAUGAUGAAGAUUAAGCAUUUUGUGGCAGCUCACAACAUUGAAAACAUGCCCAUUGAUCCCAUAAUGUGCUCCUUUUGGUCAGCAAAAAAUCUCCCUCUUGAACAGGAGGACAAGGAGAAGAUCUUUGCUACAAAUUACGUGGAAGUCCGCAUGAUGAUUAUUUCACAAAAAUUGAAUGAUCCCUACUACUACCACUGUCACGAAUGUCAGGGACAAGUGGCGAAGUUCAGUGAAGUCUUUGCAAUGUCCAAGGAUGGCGUUCAGGCGAGCUACUGCAAUCCCGGUGGCUUCAUUCACGACACCGUAACACUGUACAACGUCGAGAGGCACGCAGUGGUUGUGGAACGGUCCAAAUCAACGGAAUUCAGCUGGUUUCCCGGGUAUGCGUGGAAAAUAGCCAUCUGCUCACGCUGCCGGAGUCACCUUGGAUGGCAAUUUGUGGCAGAGAAGAAGAAUCUCCGGCCACAGAACUUCUUUGGGCUAUCACAGCGUAGUAUUGUGUUGAAGCUGUAGAGAAGCGCCCCCCCCCCACUGAUUCUCUAUGUACUCCUUUUGUGUUUUUUAAAGGACUCGUGCUAAUUUUAUUGUAAUACUGUGUAUUCCCAAAAACCCUCUUGUACUGAAAUUUAUUGGGAAGAAAAAUAAAAGAGAAAUUGAUUUAAAAUGAAAA